AUGCAGCAGCAGCAGCAGCCCCCCACAGCUGCAGCAGCUGCUGCUGCAGCAGCUGCUGCUGAACCUUCAGCAGCAGCAGCAGUAAGACCCCCAGCAACAGAAGCGGGAGCACUAGCAGCACCAGCACCAGCGGCAGCAGCAGCAACAACAGCAACAGCACCAACGGCAGCAACACCAGCAGCAAGAGCAACAACCACAGCAGCAACAGCAGCAACAACAGCAGCAGCAACAUCAGCAGCAACAUCAACAACAGCAGAGGCAGCAGGCAGCACAGCCUCCCCGUGGUCUUUCUUGAAGCGUUGGUGGGGAGGCAGCAGCAACAGCAGCAGCAACAGCAGCAGCAGCAGCGGGAGGUGUUGUUAUAUGUUUUCUUCGCCUCCUGUGUCUAUUGAAGAAGGCUUAGGUUGGCUGCAGCAGCAGCAAGCAAAGAUAUACACGAGAAUAGCGCUGCAGCACUGGAGAGUGAAGCUGCUGCUGCAUGCGCUGUCUGCUAUGCAGCAGCCCCCUGAACUCGCAUUCGUGAGGUGUACAGACACCCCAGCAACAGCAGCAGCAGCAGCAGGAUCAGGAUCAGGAGGAGCAGCAAGAGGAGCACCUGCAAGAGCAGCAGCAGCAGCAGCAGGGUUUAGCCCUAAACAUAACACAAUAUGGAUAUGCAGCAAUUAUUAUACUUCCUAUUUUACUUUUAGGAAUUUGCUGCUGCAUGAGCUGCUGCAUGCGUUCGACUUCGCGCGUGCAGAUAUAGACAGCAGCAGCUGCAGACAGUUAGCAUGCACAGAAAUUCGCGCAGCUAAUCUGUCAGGCCAGUGCGGUAUCUGGAGCAGCAGACGCUUCCUCCAGCAGCAGCAGCAGCAGCAGCAGCAGCAGCAGCAGCAGCAGCAGCAGGAGAAGGAGAAGCGGCUGCUGAUGCUUGAUAGGGACUUGCUGCUGAAACGGCUUCGUAUGCAUGCAACAGAAGCACAAGCUGCAGCAAAUGAUAAAAAAAUUAGAGCUCAAGAGGCAUCUGAAGCUGCUCUUGCUGCUGCUAGAAAGGCUGCUGCUGCUGCUGCUGCUGCUGCACAGGCAAAGACCAAUGCAGCAGCAGCAGCACAACACGCAUCAGUAGCAGCAGCAGCAGCAGCAGCAGCGCCAAACAGCACCGCUUCUGCAGGUACUGAGGCAGCAGCAGAAACAGCAGCAGCAGCUGCUGCUGCUGCAGCUGCUGCUGCUGCUGCAGUAGAGAAGGCUGAGCAACAGGCUGCACAGGCGGCGGAGGCCGAGGCAGCAGCAAAUGCAGCAGCGGCAGCAGCAGCAGCAGCAGCAGAUACCCGGAGCGUCCCUCUCUGGGCCCGCAGCAAUCGAAAUGCAUGCGUUGCUGCUUCUGCUGUUUUGUCGCUGCAGCAGCUUCCACAGUGCAGCGAACCAGGUGUUGCGGAGACAGCCGUGUCUUCAGUUUUUUCUGUCUGCUUAGCUGAUGUCUUCCCCUUUGAACAUCAACUGCAUGCAGACAGCAGACUACGCCCCUCUCGCAUCUACACAAACAAUGCUUCUUCUUUCUUCUCGCCUUAA